AUGGAUUCAGAAGAUACAACUAAGACUUGUGAUACAAAAGCUGUGGAAUUCGUUCCUGUCAAAAUCGAGGAACAUGAUUUCUCGAAGAUGGAUAUCAAACCUAGGACUCUUACUGUUGUUGAUCGCCAUAAAUCCUGUGAAAUUAGGGCCUUAUAUGAUCUAUUUGGAGCCCAUGCACCUCCUCAUCUUUCUUCAAUUCAAGAUUCUUUGAAGAACCUUGACCAUUUGAAGAUAGCUGAGAAUCUGGAGAGUGUACCACCUUCUAGAAUGAGCUCUCCGAAGGCAUCCACCACUUCCCAAAUUCAAGCUGAAGCUUGGGAAGCUCUUAGGCAGGCAUUGAUUUACUUUCGAGGACGACCUCUCGGUACAAUUGCUGCAAUGGAUCAUUCAGAAGAACUACUUAACUAUAAUCAGGUGUUUGUGAGAGAUUUUUUCCCUAGUGCCUUGGCAUUUUUGAUGAAUAGGGAACCAGAAGUUGUUAAAAAUUUCCUAAUGAAAACUCUUCGACUUCAAUCAUGGGAAAAGAGGAUUGAUCGCUUCCAGCUAGGAGCUGGAGUUAUGCCAGCAAGUUUCAAGGUUUUGCAUGAUACUCGCCGUAACACAGAAACUUUAAUUGCUGAUUUUGGGGAAAGUGCCAUUGGUAGAGUUGCUCCUGUCGAUUCUGGUUUUUGGUGGAUAAUAUUGCUUCGUGCUUACACAAGGUCAACAGGGGACUCAUCCUUGGCUGACACUCCUGAGUGUCAAAAGGGUAUACGUCUUAUUUUGACCUUGUGCCUUUCAGAAGGGUUUGACACUUUCCCCACUUUGCUCUGUGCCGAUGGAUGUUGUAUGAUUGACCGUCGUAUGGGAAUCUAUGGCUAUCCUAUUGAAAUACAAGCAUUAUUCUUUAUGGCUUUGAAGUGUGCCUUAACUUUGUUAAAACAAGAUGACAAGGGCAAGGAGUUGUUGGAGCUGAUAACGAAACGUCUUCAAGCCUUGAGCUAUCACAUUCGAACUUACUUUUGGCUCGACUUUAGCCAGCUUAAUGACAUAUAUCGCUAUAAGACUGAAGAAUAUUCUCAUACUGCUGUAAACAAGUUCAAUGUCAUGCCUGAUUCUCUGCCAGAUUGGGUAUUUGAUUUCAUGCCAAAUCCUGGUGGAUAUUUUAUUGGAAAUGUCAGUCCUUCAAGAAUGGACUUCCGUUGGUUUUGCUUAGGUAAUUGCAUUGCAAUUUUGUCAUCUUUAGCAACUCCAGAUCAGUCCGAUGCAAUUAUGGAUCUUUUGGAAGCACGGUGGGAAGAAUUGGUCGGAGAAAUGCCUCUAAAAGCUUGCUAUCCAGCUUUGGAAACACAUGAAUGGCGGAUCAUAACAGGUUGUGAUCCUAAAAACACUAGAUGGAGCUACCAUAAUGGCGGCUCUUGGCCAGUUCUGCUGUGGCUUCUUACUGCUGCAUCCAUAAAGACUGGGCGACCUCACAUCGCCAAACGAGCAAUUGACCUUGCCGAAACCAGGUUGCCGAAAGAUAGUUGGCCUGAAUACUAUGAUGGAAAGCUUGGCAGGUACGUAGGGAAGCAAGCUCGGAAAUUCCAAACUUGGUCGGUUGCAGGUUAUUUGGUGGCAAAGAUGAUGCUCGAUGAUCCCUCCCUUUUGGGAAUCGUAGCACUCGAGGAAGAUAGGCAGAUGAGGCCCACACUAACGCGAUCGUCAUCGUGGUCAUGAUUCGAACACCCAUUUUUCCCGUAAUGGUGAGCUUCAACUUUGCGGAAUUUGUUCAUAAAAACUUGACUUGAAUU